UCACGUCAGAGGUCGAAGUUGAAAGUUGACGGAGGAGGGCUCGUGCUUGGAAGGUCCGCGGGAAAGGUCCCAAAACAAAUCGCUUCUGGUGGCCGCGCGAGCAACUUCAGGCUGAGUUUGAAUUGAUCUAUCAGCCAAACUAAUCGAUCUAGAUUAAUAGUAGCGUCUUCCUCAAUAGCGAUACUAUAACAAACGUUAACGACUCUCAAAAACUUAAGUAUCACUCUGAAACCGAACGAGCUAGUAACAUUAGCUAGCUACUUCAGGUAGCUCAGGCUAACACGCCGUUGUUAGCGGGCGCUAAUCCGUUAGCACCAGCCAGCCUCUCUCCGGUAGCGGUGCCGGUAGCGGUGAAUACACGGCGGGCAGGGUUUGCGGUAACCGGUGAGCGAAAUGGCAGAGAGGCCAGAAGAUCUGAACCUUCCCAACGCGGUAAUCACCCGCAUCAUCAAGGAGGCGCUCCCAGAUGGGGUGAAUGUGUCGAAAGAAGCAAGGAGGGCCAUAUCCCAAGCUGCCAGUGUGUUCGUGUUGUAUGCAACGUCCUGUGCAAACAACUUUGCCAUGAAAGCCAAGCGGAAAACUCUGAACGCAGGAGACGUUUUGGCUGCGAUGGAGGAAAUGGAGUUUGAGCGUUUCCUGGAGCCUCUCAGAGAAGCUUUGGAAGUGUACAAGAAGGGCCAGAAAGGAAAGAAGGAGGUGUCUGAGCAGAAGCGCAAAGAUAAAGAGAAGAAGGCCGACUCUGAGCACGACAGGAGCAGGGAGGAGGAAGAGGAGGAGGAGGAAGAGCAGGAGCGCAUGGAGGAGGAGCCUGAAGCUGAGGAGGAGGAAGAGGAGGAGGAGGUGGAGAACUGAUGAAGCUCUGAUGAACGAUGAAAAUGCACUCCCAUCACCUCCUUUUUUGAGGUCAUCACUGGCUGGACGUGAUGCGUUCAAGUGACGCUCGUUCGUCAUAGAGCCACCAUGAAUCGAUACAUCCAGGUUUACAGUGCGGCAGCAUUGGGAUGAGCUCGUAAGAGGUGACGUUUCUGUGGAGUCCAGCUUCUUUGUGGCGGCGCAGCCGCUGUCUUCCAACCCGACAACAAACAAAGCACAAGUCAAAAUGCACUUCCUGAUCUUUGUCUUGGUCCAUUUUGUAUUUUUUAAUCAUUUUUGAUACAAACGCUGUUCCGUUUUUUUUUUUUUUUUCUGUAACAGGAUUUCUUGACAGUAAAUAACACACAGCAGUUGGUGUUCAUCGAAACAAAGUUAAAUACAAAGACACUGAAUGCUGAAAGCGACUGAUUCUGGCUCAGAUUUGUCCUCAUUGAACUAAAACGCCUGACAAUCCCUUCGCCACUGGAGGGAGUGAGAACACAGGCGGCAGUUUGACUGGUGUCCAGUUAUGAAAAAGGGCUUGUUUGAAAUGUUACCGUGCCUGCCAUACCUUCAAACUAAGAAAUAUAAACACACUUACAAAUCACCCCCGUUUUUCUUUUUUACUUAAAAGAAUGUUAAAUGUGAACCAGAACUUUCCCCAGAAAAAAUACAAAGAUUUCUAAAAUUUAGCUUUAAAAUCAGCAACUUCUUGAUUCAAAGAAUAACAAUCAGAGCUGAAAUUCGAUUCUAGCCUUUGGUGUGAAAUCACGCGCUAGUUGUGAAUUUAGGAUCAUGGCUGGGUUUUUUGGAUUGUACUGUAACAAGGUGCUUUUUCCUGACACACAUACCAUUUGUCAAAACACACCAGCUAAACGUGAGAAACACUGAAGUGUCGUCCUCUGAGAUCUGACGGCUGAUGCGUUGGACCACAUUACUUCAUGCAAACAGCUGCGCCAGUGUUCGUCUUUUUGUUCCUAAUCUGCUGAGCUUUUGAACCGUUAAUACUGUUGCGUUGUAUGUGACCGGCUGAGAAUUUCAAUAAAUAUUUUGUAAUAAAAAGCAAAACGCUGAA